AUGCGCUUCAUAAACUGCCACUCAUAUGACCUCGAGACUUUCGAGCUUUCGGAAGCCCCUCCCUUCGCCAUUCUAUCUCACACAUGGGGUGGCGGGGAAGUCACCUUUGAUAACCUUCGACAGCCUGGUAACAGGGCAGGGCCGGGCUGGGAAAAGAUUGAGCGCACGUGCAGGCAGGCGCUUAAAGAUGGGUGGGGGUAUGCCUGGGUUGACACUUGCUGCAUCGACAAAUCUAGCUCGGCUGAGCUCUCAGAGUCCAUCAACUCUAUGUUUAAGUGGUACCUCCAUGCAGAAGUGUGCUAUGUAUUCUUGGCAGACUACACACAUUCAGGAGACGAAGACACACAAGAGGGAGGCAUCUCUGGGUCGCGAUGGUUCACCCGAGGAUGGACCCUCCAGGAGCUCAUCGCGCCGUCGAGAAUGGAAUUUUACGACAAGGAUUGGCAACACAUCGGCUCCAAAGGGAGUCUCGGUUCCUGCUUGUCUAAAGCAACGGGCAUCGACGAGGAGAUUCUGAGAGUCAGCAGCCAGGAUAGCGUCAGAGCCCGGCUGGACGCCUGCACCAUAGCGCAGAGGAUGUCGUGGGCGGCGUCCCGGACCACGAAGCGGGAGGAGGACAUGGCCUACUGCCUGCUCGGCAUAUUCGGCAUCAACAUGCCAAUGCUGUACGGCGAGGGUGGUCCUCGCGCCUUCCUUCGGCUCCAGGAGGAAAUUGUCAAGGAGAGCAGUGACAUGACCAUCUUCGCCUGGCAGACGUCGGCGCAGGACCCAACCUGCGACUUCCAGGAAGCGCAACAUCAGCAAAGUAGCCACCAAGAAAAAACGUACCACGGUGUAUUUGCGGCGAAACCUUCCGACUUUCGGUAUGCCUCACGGUUGACCGUUCCUGAUGACCACCGAGCGCAGGAGUAUACUAUGACCAACAAGGGCCUCAAGCUCUCUGGCGGCCCGGAGCUGAGAGCAUUCGGCCACGACAUGUUCUUCCUGUGCCUGCACUGCCACCACCCAGACCAUCCGCAGCGGAGUUGCGGUAUAUACCUACAGAGUCACGGUCCCGAGAUGUUCGCCCGCGUUCACCCGGAGAGGCUGGUUCUGGAGCCAGAUUGCGCGUACUCGAGCCCAGCCCAGAUCUACAUCAGUAAGCACCUCCGUGCCAGGGAGCUGAACGCGCUCCGAGUGAGCCAACGCCGCAUCAUCAAGUUCACUUUCGCGUACACCCCAAAGAUAUACCGAUGCAAGACCCUAGCCGUUGAGCCCCGGAAUCAGUGGAACCCCCAUGAAGGGCACUUCAUGCUUACCCCCGGGCAGGCUUCCUUCACCGGGUUCUACCGCGUGUCGUGGCACCGCAACGAGCUCCAAAAGGGGAACUCGCCGAAUAGGAUGACGGAUGGCGAGUUCAUCGUCCUCUGCGGGUACAAGAAGGCGUCGGGACCAUGGGCCUGCGUCAUCGCGCCGGACUUCGACGGCGCGUUGUACCGUGUCACAACCUCAAUGGACCUGAAGCUGGCUGGCGAGCUGGGGAGCCGGAUGAAGUACAACACGACGACUCCUCUCAAGAACCAGUCCCGGACAACCGUGAUCAAGCUGGAGGAGGAGGUUGCGGCGGAUGAGAGGCUCCUGGCCGUUGUGAAGAUUGAUGUGAAUGUAGGCACCUUUAAGGAUGCAAGGA